CAUGUUAUUAGCUGCAGUUUGUACACACAGAGUUGGGAGAGGAGAAAACCUGUUGUGGGUAUGAACAGUUGUUAGCGUCCUAAGGCCAACGGACACUUCAGCAUGAAGGCUGUGUGGAAGGAAUGAGUUAUAUGUGAAAUUAAAAUCUACACCUACCCACUUGGGAUCCUCAUGAGUGAUCUGUGGUCAUUGUUAGAAGAUGGAGAAUUUCACAGAAAACGUUUCUGGGAAUAAUUCAAUAAACUGUACCAUUAACCAUGGUAUACACCAGACUUUAUCUCCUGUCAUAUACAUCCUUGUCUUUGUACUAGGUCUCCCAGCUAACUGCCUCUCACUAUACUACGGGUACCUGCAGAUUAAGGCUAAAAAUGAACUGGGCAUCUAUCUGUGCAAUUUGACCGUGGCAGACCUGUUCUACAUCUUUUCUUUGCCCUUUUGGCUCCAGUAUGUUUUACAGCAGGACAACUGGCCAUACAAUGAACUGUUGUGCAAAAUCUGUGGAAUCCUCCUGUAUGAGAAUAUCUAUAUCAGCGUGGGCUUCCUCUGUUGCAUCUCCAUUGACCGCUAUCUAGCGGUAGUGCACCCUUUCCGUUUUCAUCAGUUUCGAACAAUGAAGGCUGCUGCUGUAGUGAGCGUUGUUAUCUGGUCCAAAGAAAUUCUGACAAGCUGGUUUGUCUUUAAGCAUGGUGAAGUUAGUAAGGAUGCCGAAAGUCAUGCUGUAUGCUUUGAACAUUAUCCCAUCAAGAGCUGGGAGCAUAAUCUCAAUUUCUACCGCUUCUUUGCUGGGUUUUUUUUCCCCUUCUUUCUUCUGGUUUUUUCUUACUGUGGCAUUUUACAAGUGGUCCACAAGAGCCAUGGCACUCAAAAGAAGAAAAAAAUCCAAAUCAAACGGCUUGUUUCAAGUACAGUUGCCAUUUUCUUGGCUUGCUUUGGACCAUACCAUAUCCUCUUGGUGGUUCGCAGUGUAUUUGAGAACAACUGCACAUUUGCUGAGAAGAUCUUUAAUAUUUACCAUAUUUCUCUCUUGCUGACUACUUUUAACUGCAUUGCUGAUCCAGUGCUGUACUGUUUUUCCAGUGAAAACACCCAUCAAGACUUUGUCAAAAUGCGAGACUCCUGUUCAGCAUGCCUAAAGUGUUUAGGGACUGAAACCAAAGAAUCAUACCAGCUGAGUACUCCAGAAAAUUUCAGGAAAAGUAGCGGGGCACGUGCUGAGCAAGAACCAGGAUUAUUAAAUAAUGUACAUGCUGUUAAGAAAAUGAAAGAGUCUCCCAUUACCAGUACAGACUGACAGUAGCACGA